AUGGUUCAAUUUGAGGAAUGGGACAAGGGUGUAUUUGCAUCCGAAAUCGCCAAGAACAACAUCUACCCUCAGGAUUUAUCCAAGAGCGACGAUGAGAACAACAUUCCAGUCCCUUCACCAGCUCCCUUGGCUAAAGGGACGUACCAUGGGUCGAAGAAAGCAGCUACGGAAAUGUACCAUCGUAUUCAACAGAGAUUUGCCUCAUACUUCGACCUGACCAACUUCGCUUCAACAGUUCCACAGCCAUUGAAGUUCGAAGAAAAGAAGAAGUUGUUCACGUUUCAGGUGCCAGGAAGCGACAAUUAUCCACCACACCUCGCUCUAGUUCCCACCACGGCAGAAAGCGCGAUCAGCUUCCUUGAAAUCUUCAAUUUCAUGCGACUUCUUGGUACUGGUGUCUUGCUCUUUCAAAUGAUCCCGGACAAAAUACUGGAGUUCAUUAAUGAUAAUCCGAUUGCAACGACCAUGGCAGGCAUGGAAGCUCGCAACCAACAGAUCCGUCUUGCAGACGUGAAUAUUGGGACGGAAGCGAACAUUGGCGACCGUACUGACUGGUACACUGAUGCUGUAUUUGCGCAACAGCAGUUCACUGGCCCGAAUCCAACCACGAUUACCAAAGCGUCGCCAGACUGGGUUGAGAGGUUCAAGACGCAGGCCAGAGACCAGCAAAAGCAAGCACUUUUGGAUCUGCUCGAUGCUGUGAAUUCCGAUUCACUGUACCUGCAAGACUACAGCUUCUUCCGCGAUGCAGUCGAAGCAAAACCUGAGGAUAUUCUCUGCUCUGAUGACGGAACUCGUUUUGCGUGCGCUUCGGUUUGCCUCUUUCACUUGAACCCUGACGGCAGACUCCACCCAUUAGCCAUUGUCCUCGACUACAGAGGAACUAUGGAGAAGUCCGUCGUGGCUUUCAACCAGAGGUUGCAGCCUUCAGAUUCAUCCCACGUGGAAGGAACGGACUGGUCUUGGCGCUAUGCGAAGAUGUGUGUGCAAGUAUCUGACUGGAACCUCCACGAACUCACUGUGCACCUCACGGAGACCCAUCUAGUGGAAGAGGCAGUCAUUGUGGCCACCCAUCGAACACUUCCUAUUGACCACAUCGUAUAUCGCCUCCUGGCUCCUCACUGGUUGAAAACACUUCCACUCAAUGCUGCUGCUCGUUCUGCCCUCAUUCCAAGCUUCUUUGUAAAUAUCAACGGCAUGACUAGCAGUCAAACGUAUGCAUUCAUCAAAGAUGCAUAUAACAAGUUUGAUUGGAAGGCUCGCUACAUUCCCAACGAUCUCCAAACUCGGGGGUUUCCUGAGUCUGAGUUGGGCUCUAAGAAGUUUCACAACUAUGCCUAUGGCAGGAACAUGUCGGCGCUCUGGCAGAAGCUGUGCGUUUUCGUCUCGUCUGUCAUCGCAAGACACUACACUACCAACGCAGAUGUUGAAAGAGACCAAGACCUCCAAAACUUCUGCAACGAAAUGCGAAUUCCACUUGGUGGCGCUAUGGACAAAUUCCCACAAAUCAACACCAUCGAAGAGGUCAUUGACAUGGUAGUGAUGUGCAUCCACAUCGCCUCUCCUCAGCACACCGCUGUCAAUUACCUCCAAGACUACUACCAAGCUUUCGUCCCCAACAAACCUUCUUGCCUUUGCACUCCUCUCCCUCAGACCAUUGAGAGACUAAAUGCAUACACUGAAGAGGACCUGGUUCAAGCCUUGCCGGUAAAACACCCACGGGUUUGGCUUAUGGCUUCGCAUCUGCCAUAUCUCCUUAGCUACCAAGUAGACCAAAAGCAAACCUUGCUGAACUACGCGGUAAGUCUACAAAACUUGGCCGAAAACACACCGGGAGAUCCCCUCUAUGAUGCCGGUAAACAGCUAGUGAACGACUUAAUGAGCCUGAAAGCUGAAUUCCAGAGAAACAAGGCUGAGAUGGAUGAUCAGUUGGUUCCAUAUAAUGUGAUGGACCCUGAUGCUACUGCAGUUUCGAUAUUGCUCUAG